CGCGAGUAUAUGAAUCAUGACUCGUCCUCAAAGCCAGGAGCGCAGCUGAGUACUAACAGCAUCAACAUCGAGGCGGUAGUAGCAAACUUUGCCUCUCUCCCUCGGAAUUGCACCCAUCAAGCAGGAUGACGCCCCAACCGCUGCGACCCAUCUCAUACCGCAAUGACCCCCUGGGCACAGUCAGCGUUGUUCCACCGACACUCGCCGAGUAUGACUUUCUGCUGACGGGCACCACGAAUGACGAUGGCGACAGGACACACUCCGUGACUGUCGACCCGGUCGCCCUGCAUCUUCCCUGGAGAAGCUCCUUUCCGGCGGCGCGGCAGUGUAAAUACUGGAGCGAAGCCGAGGAUGCGGGCAGGAAGCUGCUGCAACAGCUCAAGCGGAUGGACGGUGCGGCGAUCACGAACAAUGGCCACACAAAUCAAGCAGAGAUGCCACUAUCCAGAAAAGAACAGGAGCGGAUUGUGAAUGCGGCGAGUGCAGCCGGGUAUAUGAACCCGAACUGCACAGCCGAAGCGAUUGAGAUCAUCGCGCAGCUCAACCUCAUCCUCUGGAUCCACGAUGAUAUCCUCGAAUCGUCCGACUCACCGCACGAGGUUGUAAACGUCCAGUGGCCUUGUGAGUGGUGACAGUGCUAACUCGUGCUCAGAGUGCCACAGUCGUCGAAAAAGUGACAGCCAGCUGGGCCGACAUUCUGGCUUCUCCCGACAAAUCCGCCCC